UUUGUGCUGUUUUAAUGUCCACCUCCUUUAUUUCUUCCUCCUCUUAGUCAAUAUUUGGUAUAAAAUAUGGUACACUUAUGUCAGUACUGAAGACAAUCUGUAGCCUGUAUCUGUUGAUGUAAGCUUAAAAGUUAUGCAAAAUCCAUGUGUUUUCCUCUCAGACCAUACUGCAAUUUCCCAGGUGGGAUAAUGUUUAAUCUUCAUGCACAGUCGCCUGCAUGGAAACAUCCUUGAGUUUCAGAUAAAGAACAUGAGGUUACGUGGUUCAUCAGUAUAUAUAAGGCCACUGCAGUGCCUCUUGUUGUGUGCAAGUUCAGUUGCAGUCAUGAAGUACUUCAUUCUUCUGGCCCUCUUUGCUGCAGCUUAUGCUGCUCCCAUUGAGGAUGACAAGAUCGUCGGAGGCUACGAGUGCAGAAAGAACUCUGUGGCCUACCAGGUGUCUCUGAACUCUGGCUACCACUUCUGUGGAGGCUCCCUGAUCUCCAGCACCUGGGUGGUGUCUGCUGCUCACUGCUACAAGUCUCGCAUUCAGGUGCGUCUUGGAGAGCACAACAUCGCUGUCAAUGAGGGCACCGAGCAGUUCAUCAACUCUGCCAAAGUUAUCAAGCAUCCCAGGUACAGCAGCCGCAACCUGGACAAUGACAUCAUGCUGAUCAAGCUGAGCAAACCCGCCUCCCUGAACAGCUACGUCCGCACCGUGUCCCUGCCCUCCAGCUGCGCCUCCGCUGGUACCAGGUGUCUGAUCUCCGGAUGGGGCAACACCAGCAGCUCUGGAAGCUACUACCCUGACCGCCUGAGGUGCCUGGACGCCCCCAUCCUGAGCGACAGCAGCUGCAGGAACUCCUACCCUGGACAGAUCACCUCCAACAUGUUCUGUGCUGGAUUCCUGGAGGGAGGCAAGGACUCCUGCCAGGGUGACUCUGGUGGCCCCGUGGUGUGCAACGGUCAGCUGCAGGGUGUGGUGUCCUGGGGUUAUGGCUGCGCCCAGAGGAACAAGCCUGGAGUCUACGCCAAGGUCUGCAACUACAACUCCUGGAUCCGCUCCACCAUGGCCAACAACUAAAUUCAAUGUUGUUCUACUGAACUUCUAAAAAGAAAAAUAAAUUG